UCGCGCGGGUUGCCUGCCGGCGGCCGCCGCAGGAGUUCUUUCUGCACGGAACACGGAACGGAAUCGGUGGCUGACCGACCGAUUGUUAGCCCGGCUGCCCGGGUAACACACUCACGUAUGGGCACACACCGUGUUGGACUGAAAGUCAGUCGGGCGGACUCGGCGCUUCGUGAGCCACCUUCUCUGCGACGUACGCCAUGGAUGACUCGCCGAUCGACCCGCUGCAGCCGACCAACGUCUUCUGUCGACGCCCGCAACAAGACAGCGACGACAGCGAGAAUGAGGGAGGCCUCGGCAACGUGAGCCGCAUCGUGAUGAGACCCGCCGGACAUUCUGGAAAAGCCAAACGUGGACACCUGUGCUUCGAUGCUUCCUUUGAAACCGGCAAUUUGGGCCGCGUGGAUCUUGUUUCUGAGUUUGAGUACGACUUGUUUAUCCGGCCAGACACUUGUAACCCGCGACUCCGCCUCUGGUUCAAUUUCACCGUCGACAACGUCCGUGCUGAUCAGAGGGUGAUCUUCAACAUCGUCAACCUGAGCAAAAGCAGGAAUCUGUUCAGGGAUGGCAUGACGCCUAUAAUCAAGUCAACCAGCAGACCAAAAUGGCAGCGAAUGCCGGGCACGCACGUCUACUACUACCGUUCGCCGGAACACCAGAACCACUAUGUUCUGUCGUUCGCAUUUGGCUUCGAUCGCGAGGAGGAUGUCUACCAAUUCGCGCUGUGCUUUCCAUACUCGUAUUCACGCUGCCAGGCACAUGCUGACGCGCUCGAAAGGCGCCACCUCACCUUCAUGUGGCGAAAGCAGAUUGCCACCAGCCUGCAACAACGGCGGAUCGACAUGUUAACUAUCACGCACCCACACAAUCUGCGCCCGCAAAGUCGGCAACGCGUCGUUUGCAUCUUUAGCAGAAUCCAUCCCGGAGAGUCGCCAGCCUCGUUUGCCUGUCAAGGCCUCAUUGAUUUCCUCGUGAGCUCGCAUCCAAUAUCGUCGGCGCUACGAGAGCACAUCGUUUUUCACAUCGUGCCGAUGCUCAAUCCUGAUGGCGUCUUCCUCGGCAACCAGAGGUCCAGCGUGAUGGGAUUCGACCUGAACCGCUCGUGGAAUAAAUGCUCACCUUUCGCGCAACCCGCUCUACACGCGCUGCUCAAAAUGCUGCAAGAUUUUGACAAGGACGAGAGCAUCGAUCUGGACUUUGUGAUGGACAUGCAUGCGCACUCGAGUCUCCUGGGUGCAUUUAUUUACGGCAACACGUACGAUGACGUGUACAGACACGAGCGUCACGUUGUGUUCCAAAAACUGCUGGCGCAGAACGCGGAGGAUUUCAGCCUGGCCAACACAAUGUACAACCGCGACCCCAGCAAGCAGGGCUCAACUCGCCGCCACUUUUGCUCCACACUGAAGGAGUCGGUCAACUGCUACACCCUCGAAGUUUCUCUCUUCGGCUUCCAGCGGCCAAACGAAACCACAAUCACUCCCUACACUGAAGACGCGUACUUCCGGCUGGGUCGCAACGUGGCGCGCACCUUUUACGACUACUACCGCAACGUGGGCGUCAUCCCCUGCGGAGAAACGGUGGCCGCUGAAGUGUUCCCGAUGCCCGUGGUGCCGCCGGUGGCCGCGGCGCCGCGGAAGCCUGCCUCUGUGGGCAGUUCCGCCCCGAGCUGCAACCCUGACUCGCAGCUGCAGCAGGGAGACGAGGGCCGCACCUCGUCGCACGUGUUGCAGCUGGCCGUGGAGAGCAGGCCGGCCGAGGCGGCCGGCCUUCCACAGCGGCCACUGGGCCGCCGCGUCGCCUGCCCUGACGGGCCGCAAGGCGUGCUAGCGGCGCCGCAGCCGCCGCCCAGCCUCACCAUCAUCGACUUCAACGAGCUGACGCGAGGCGGCCUCGAUGUGGCCACCGGCCGCCGGGCAGCCAGGCCGCGUGAUAGGGCUGCUCGCAGGUCCACCUCCGUUUCGCCGCACCGCCGAUUCGCCUGCCGCAACAGGAGCAGCUCCCAGCACGUCUUUUCCAGGAAAAAACUGGCCUAAUUUAUAUAAAAAAAGGAACAAUCAGUCAAAUUUUCCAUUCACCUUUUUUCGUAAUUUUAAUAUUGUAGCUCAAAUUUUUGACAAGGUAAUUAUAUUUUUUUGUAAUCUUAAUUUAAUAAUUUUGUUUAGAGUAAUAUAUUUUCUUUCCAUGUGUGAUUGUUUUUUAAUAAUAAAGAUAUUAUUUUGCUUCAAUUGAAAGUUUUGACGUUCUCGUAAUAGUAAAUUUGUAAAUCUUUGAAUUUGUGAUUGAAUAAAAUUUAUAGCACUAAAAUAAAGAAAUAAUCAAGAUGGCAAUAUCCACAUUUAAAAAAAAACUAAAGCCGAGUUCCUUCUUAGAAAGUGUUGUUUGAGAAUUUUACAGAAAUAUAAUUAUGACACUGUAUCGGU